UUCUUUAAGGUCUGGCUACUGGGUGCCAGAACAGCCAGCAUGUCCCUCAACCGGCCCUGUGGCGCCCCCGCGUGGGGGUGGAUGGGAAUGUCUCGCCCCAUAGCGCAGACUUAAUUUCCCGGCAGCCCCUGCCAGCCUACAGUUCCGGUUUGUUGCCUUCACUUCCGGUCACGUGCAUCGGUGCACAUGCGCAGCCACUGGGUCGUCCGGGUAGCGGCUGAAGGGUCCAGACUUCAUUUCCCGGUGUGCCCCGUGUUGGCGCGGGGUGGUACGGGUGUUGUAGUCCGACCGCUUCUCUGGUCCAGCUACAUCGACAGGCAGGAUGUCGGAGGUGCGGCUGCCACCGCUACGCGCCCUGGACGACUUCGUUUUGGGGUCCGCGCGUCUGGUGGCCCCGGAUCCUUGCGACCCACAGCGAUGGUGCCACCGCGUCAUCAACAACCUCCUCUACUACCAAACCAACUACCUUAUCUGCUUCGGCCUUGGUCUCGCUUUGGCCGGGUACGUGCGCCCGCUGCACACCCUCCUAAGCGCGCUGGUAGUGGCGGUGGCCCUUGGCAUGCUGGUGUGCGCGGCUGAGAAUCGAGCCGCCGUGCGCCGCUGCCGUCGCAGCCACCCAGCCGCCUGCCUGGCCGCAGUGCUUGCCGUCGGCUUCCUCGUUCUCUGGGCCGCGGGCGGCGCUGGCACCUUCCUGCUCAGCAUCGCCGGGCCAGUGCUUCUGAUCCUGGUGCAUGCGUCACUGCGCCUGCGCAACCUCAAGAACAAGAUUGAGAACAAGAUCGAGAGCAUUGGUCUCAAGCGGACACCAAUGGGGCUGCUACUGGAGGCGCUGGGACAAGAACAGGAGGCUGGAUCCUAGGGGCCUGGGAUCUGUACCCAAAGGCAUGGAGAAUGCCAUCCCCACCCCGGCCCGAACCCAGAGCCCUUGCCCAACCUUUAAAAUAGGAGCCUCCCACCCAGUUCAAAAGACAACUGCAACCCUUUCCCCAGGUCCCAAACUGGGAUAUUCCCUCAUACCCACCCCCACCCCCAUUUUAGGAAACCAGAGUCUUCCCAGCCCUGAACUUGGACCCAGAGACACAUCCAGCCCAAAACUGAGCGUUGGAGACCAGAGCACCAUAGCCAACCUCAAACUCUAGGUCCACACCCCCAACCCCAAUCUGGGACCCAUCUAUCCUCCAUGCUCAGUCCCAAAGCUGGGGUCUGGGACCGAGGCAUUCUCAAAUCCUGAACCCUGAACCAAGGCUUUUCCAGACGCCACCCCAGCUUGGAACCCAGGAUCCAAGUGUUCUCAGCCCCCAUCAGGGUAGAGGAUUCAGGUAUCCUGACCCCAUUGAACCCUUGGUCCCAGGUGACCCCAACACUCACCAGUCCCACUUGCCUCCCUCCAGCUCUGCUUAGGAGUUCUGCCACUUCUCCGAAAAAUUCCACAGUGACAAGGACCGUGGGGUGGGGUGUGGGGGUAGCCCUGACCAGGAAUGGGGCAUAUAUAGCAGUAUUGCUGCAACAAUAAAGGCUGUUGCAUUGCUCGUCAA